GGCAGUGAAACAGUAAACUCUUCAUUAGUUCGUAUUUGGCCCAUACAGUUGGAGACAUGAUGGCACAGGUCCUUCAUAUGGAGUCACAUUUUCCAGGCAAGACCAUCCCUCCUUCUUUAUCUGCUAUUAAAGACCCCGAAGCACCCUAUUCCGUGGAGACACCUUAUGGUUAUCGGCUGGAUUUGGACUUCCUAAAAUACGUCGAUGAUAUAGAGAAAGGACAUACCAUCAAACGAGUGCCCGUCAGCAGGAGGCCUCGAUUUGGAUCAUUACCCCGAGGCCCUGGCUACACUGGAUCUUGGUGGACGUCUACGGAGUCCCUCUGCUCCAAUGCCAGCAAUGAUAGUCGCCAUUCAUCGUAUUCCUAUUGUGGAAGAGGCUUUUACCCAGCGUAUGAGGUCAGAAGUGGCUCUCAAGCCUCAAACAGCUUCAAUCCCAGGGUGGAGAGAACACUGCUGGAUGCCAGCAAGAAGCUGGAGGCUGGACAGUCUCGCCCACUCAGCCUGGGAUGCAGGUCCUCCACCUCUAUCUCUACACCAUCCCUCUCCCGUCUUCCAUCCUCAUCAUCAUGUCAACAACUCUCUUCUUUCACGCCGCUAAGUUCUGGGAUGUCCACUCCAGUAUCUCCAACCCCAGUCCAUCUUCAGCAUGUAAGGGAGCAGAUGGCGGUGGCACUUAAGAGGUUACGCCAGCUGGAAGAGCAAGUUAAAAUGAUCCCUGUUCUCCAGGUAAAGAUUUCGGUGCUCCAAGAGGAAAAACGUCAACUUAGUGUCCAGCUUAAGAGCCAAAAAUAUCUGGGACACCCCGGGGUCAGCACUAAAAGCAAAACUAGGGGAGAACUUUACAUAGAGAUUCCAGAGGAAGAGAUCAAAGAUGGUAGAGAAGGAAGAAAAGAAGCAUAUGAUGGCAUGGAAGUAGAAGAAAGGAAGGAACCAGAACAAAAGGAAGACCAAAGAGAAGAUGUCAAGAAAGGAAGUUUGCUAUCUAUUGGAAAACCCACAAAAAAGUUCUGCAGCGUUGGUGUUUGGGUGAGGGAAGUGGACUUCCCUCCUGUUCCAGGCAAACAGCCAGAGGCAGAUAAACAGAGGCUUCUGGUUCAGGCACUCUCUGCCAAAAUAACAGUACUGGAGAGGCAGCUUGCCCGAGCCUUAAACGAGGUCCAGAAUGCUAACCGAAAACUUGAGGAAGCAGAGAAACUAGCAAAGGGAGAUGAUACAUUGAAGAAGGAAAAUAAGGAGGAACUGAGGGCAGAUGCAGUGAAGGUUGCCAGGGUGGAGAGAGGAAGUGAAGUGGUCUCCAGCACUAAAGUGGGGCCUGCAGUUCACCCGCAGAGGGCACGGAACUUGGAAACUAGAGGUGGAGGAGUAAUUAAAGUGAGAGAGGGAGAUGCUGAUAGAGUCUACAAAAGCAGGGAAGUGAUGGAUAAACCACUCCUUACAUCAUCUGGACCUGCUGUCCAUGUACAUGUGGUCAAAAAAAUCAGCAUCACUGGACAGAGUGCCAAGGACAUAGAAAACAAAGGGCCCGAUACCAACAAUAAAACUGAUGAGCAGCCUCAAAACAUUACAAAGGGAGAAACCAACAUGGAGCAUGUCAGGAGAGAAGAAGACAACUCAGAUUUGGCUGGGCUACCCAUUAAAAGAUUAACACAGGAUGAACAAGAAGCCGAGCCACCACAAUUUUCUGGAGUAAAUGGAGAAAUGGAUGCUGGCUCUUCAGAGGAUUCCGGGACUAUGGAGAACCCUUCAGAUAGUGAGAGCACUGAGAGUGAAUACCAUGAGGCCAGUGAGGGCAUGGCAAUGAGCCCGAUGGAUCUCCAGCCUGGCAGCAGCAGCCAACCAAGAGAGACAGAGAGGCAAAAAACUCCAGAGGCUGUUACAGUCAGUUUGUCCCCUACCAGUCCGACCCCCAGAGUGGAGCUCAGUAACAUCCUGAUCUCAGGCUGCGUGGCUCUGCAGAAGUCCCUCGAUGACCCCACAGCUCUCACUGAGGUCGAGAAGGCAGCAGCACACACGGCAGUUAUGCAGGAAUGGAUGAAAAUCCUGCGGCAGAAGGAGGUGGAUCCAGCUAUCAUUCGCCAUCAUCUAAACGUGUUCCGCGCAAUGUCACCGCAGCUACUUGAAGUCAUCGUCAACAUGGCCGAUCCCAAGGGAAACACAGCUGUCCACUACGCAGUGUCCCAGUCCAACUUUACCGUGGUCAGGCAGCUCCUGGAGACUGGCCUGUGUGAUGUGAACAGACAGAAUAAGGCCGGAUUUACUCCGCUCAUGCUCACGGCGCUCGCAGCUUUUCGCUCCCACGAAGACAUCGAAACUGUCACACAGAUGCUGCGCCUGGGAGACGUCAACUGCCGGGCCAGCCAGGCUGGGCAAACAGCUCUUAUGUUGGCAGUAAGUCAUGGCCGUCUAGAUGUGGUACGAGCUCUGCUGCAGUGCGGGGCAGAUGUCAAUGUGCAGGAUCAUGAUGGGUCUACUGCACUCAUGUGUGCAUGUGAACAUGGCCAUGUGGAUAUAGUCAGCCUGCUUUUGGCAGGACCAACUUGUGAUGUUUCUCUUACAGAUAACGAUGGGAGUACUGCUCUGUCUAUUGCGCUGGAAGCUGGGCAGAAUGAUAUAGCAAUGCUUCUAUAUGCUCAUAAUGCCAAAAUAUCUACUCCAGGUGGUGGUGAACAAGCAAAAAUGCAGCGUGCGAACCCAACAGAUGAAUCCCAAUAAGAGGAGGAUUUGGGGUUUGAAGGUUCCACACCCUUAUCCAUGUCCUGUGUCUACUCAAUUGAAGAAGCUGAGGUGGAUGGGUACCUCUGCCUGCCGUUCAGAACUUUCAGGCUUCCCUUGAGACACUGCACUGCAAGAACCACUAUGCACCCAGCUUCAGCACCAUGGAGAGAGAGAAGCUAGGGGG